UUUAAAAUGGAAAUACAGCAAGAAGAAGGAAGAGGAUCGACAAAACAGAAAACCAAAAAAAACAGAAAAAUCCCCCUACUCUGCACCCUACGCCCUGUGCCCCUCCACCCCCACACCCCCUGCUGCACUGAGCUUGCGCCUCGAUCACGCCCAGAUUCCCUUGCUCUGCGCUCCCUGCCUUGCGCCCCCUAUUGCGUUGACUCUGCUGCGCCUUUGUCCCUGCAACCAACCGAGCAUGAGACAAACCCGCACCAUGUCACUGCCUUGCUUGUAGGAUGACAUCAUGCUCCAGCUUUCUUGGCUGUUCUGCAGGGCCAGUUUUGGCCUCACCCGAUCAACGGUGGAAGGAAAAAAAAGAAAAAUUGAAGGGUUUGGAUGAGGAGAGGAGAGGGGAGUUCAGGGUUUUGUUUGAUUUUGUAUAAAUAGGAAGGGACUUCUGAAUUUGGGGGAGGUUUUUCUUUUGGUUGGUUGUUCUCUUGGUCUAAGUUUGGGGUGUUGCUUGAGAACAGCAGUAAGAAGAGGAGGAUCGCUGAGCUUCCAAAAUUCAUCGAGCAAGAUUGUGCAUUUUUUUUGGGUUUUCAUCUUAGGUAUUUUCUUGCAACAGAGGAGUCCUUUUGGGAGGCAGUGAAGGGGAUGAUCUGGACUUGAUCUUGUGGGAGGGAUCCGCCAGAUCGGACUCCGAUCUGUUACCCAGAAAGCUCCGCCGUGUUUGUUUCUUCUGUCCUCCUGUUUCUUUUAUCUGCUUUCAUGAUGUUAAGUUGUAUAUGUUUAUCUGAAAAUGAAUGAGAAUCUAAGUU